AUGGCAGAACCAACAAAGGUGUCUAUAUUGGGCAAGGAGAGUAUUGUUGCCGAGUAUGGCAUCUGGGGAACAUACAUCGUCCAAGACUUGCUCUCGAAUAUACCCUCGAGUACUUAUGUCCUCGUCACGGAUACCAACCUCGGGCCGAUAUAUCGUGCAUCCUUCUCCGAAACCUUCAGAGAUGCCGCUGCUUCAUUGUCGCCGGCCCCGCGUCUCCUAACCAAAGAAAUUGCGCCAGGCGAAAGCUCCAAGUCUCGUCAAACCAAGGCGGAUAUCGAGGAUUGGAUGCUCCAGAACCUAUGUAGUCGUGAUACAGUUAUCAUUGCGCUGGGUGGCGGUGUGAUAGGGGACCUUCUCGGUUUCGUGGCUUCCACGUACAUGCGCGGUAUCAGAUUCGUCCAGGUUCCUACGACAAUGUUGGCGAUGGUGGACUCAUCUAUCGGAGGAAAAACUGCCAUUGACACUCCUUUGGGAAAGAAUUUGAUUGGGGCAAUCUGGCAGCCCACUCGAAUCUACAUCGACAUCAACUUCAUUGAUACUCUCCCGGAAAGAGAGUUCAUCAACGGGAUGGCCGAAGUCAUCAAAACCGCAGCAAUUUCCGACGAAAGGGAAUUUGCAGCUUUGGAGCACAAUGCUGACGCGAUUUUGAAAGCUGCUCGUGGAAAGCCCGGAGUUGGACGAUUCGAUAAAGUCAGAGGCGUUCUGAAAGACCGCAUUGUGGCUUCCGUGCGUCACAAGGCAUACGUUGUCACAGCAGACGAGCGCGAAGGUGGAUUGCGCAAUCUCCUCAACUUGGGACAUUCGAUUGGUCAUGCGAUUGAGGCCAUUCUGGCACCUCAGGUCCUCCAUGGUGAAUGCGUUGCUAUCGGCAUGGUCAAGGAAUUGGAGCUUGCGAGAUACCUUGGUAUCCUCAAACCUGUCGCCGUAUCUCGAAUGGUUAAGUGUCUCACCAAGUAUGGUCUACCAACAUCCUUGAAAGAUUCGCGUGUAAGGAAACUCACAGCGGGUAAACGCUGCUCUUUGGAUCAGCUCAUGGCCAAUAUGGCUUUGGAUAAAAAGAAUGAUGGCCCCAAGAAGAAGGUUGUCCUGCUGUCGGCGAUUGGGCAAACUCACGAACCCAAAGCUAGUGUUGUCGCAAAUGAGGACAUCAAGGCAGUCUUAGCACCCAGCGUUGAAGUAAUUCCCGGUGUUCCCAAGUCGCUCAACGUCGUCUGUGCCCCUCCCGGUUCGAAGAGUAUCUCAAACAGAGCGCUUGUUCUUGCAGCCCUUGGAUCUGGAACAGUGCGAGUCAAGAACUUACUCCAUUCUGAUGACACAGAGGUUAUGCUCAACGCUUUGGAGCGCCUCGGUGCGGCAACUUUUGCGUGGGAAAGUGAAGGAGAGGUGCUGGUUGUCAAUGGUAACGGGGGCAAAUUGAAGGCGACUCCUGACCAGUUAUACUUGGGUAACGCCGGUACCGCCUCAAGAUUUCUCACAUCUGUUGCAACUCUCUCUGGCAAGGGAUCUGUGGAUUACAAUAUCCUCACUGGAAACAAUCGCAUGAAACAGAGACCCAUCGGCGACUUGGUCGAUGCUCUCACUGUCAAUGGUGCUUCAAUUGAGUAUUUGGAGAAAGCUGGUAGUUUGCCAUUGAAAAUCGCUGCUUCGGGUGGAUUCAAAGGCGGUCGUAUCAAUCUUGCUGCAAAGGUUUCUUCUCAAUAUGUGUCAUCACUGUUGAUGUGCGCUCCGUAUGCCAAAGAGCCCGUCACCUUGAAAUUGGUGGGAGGCAAGCCUAUCUCACAGCCAUAUAUUGAUAUGACGACAGCCAUGAUGCGAUCCUUCGGCAUUGAUGUGAAGAAAUCGACAACCGAGGAGUAUACUUAUCACAUUCCGCAAGGGUCCUACAGCAAUCCUGCUGAGUACGUUAUAGAAAGUGAUGCUAGUUCUGCAACCUACCCUUUGGCAAUUGCUGCAGUUACCGGCACGACGUGUACAGUGCCAAACAUUGGCUCUUCGAGUUUGCAAGGUGAUGCUCGCUUUGCGGUGGAAGUACUGCGACCGAUGGGCUGCAAGGUCGAGCAAACUGCCACUUCGACUACAGUUACGGGUCCAGCAGAUGGUGUACUACGUCCUCUACCAAGCAUCAACAUGGAACCGAUGACAGAUGCAUUCUUAGGUGCUUCAGUAUUGGCCGCAAUCGCGCAAGGUGAGGGAUCCAACCAUACAACCAAUAUCUAUGGUAUUGCGAAUCAGAGAGUCAAAGAGUGCAAUCGAAUCGAAGCUAUGAGGGUGGAACUGGCAAAAUUUGGGGUCGUAUGCCGCGAACACCCUGAUGGUCUCGAAAUCGAUGGUAUUGAUCGAUCUACUCUUCGACACCCUGCUGGGGGCGUCUUCUGCUACGAUGAUCACCGUGUCGCAUUCAGCUUCAGUAUACUCUCGCUGGUGGCCCCCACGCCCACACUCAUUCUUGAGAAGGAAUGCGUUGGCAAAACAUGGCCAACAUACUGGGAUGCACUCAAGCAGAAGUUUGGAGUGUCUCUCGAAGGCAAGGAGCUUUCUGAGAAUGAAGUUGCUUUACAUGCGCAAGCUGACCGGUCCUCGGCAUCCAUCGUCAUCAUUGGUAUGCGUGGUGCUGGGAAGACCACAACUGGCCGCUGGGCAGCGAAAAUACUUGACCGCCCUUUCAUCGAUCUUGAUAUCGAACUCGAGCAGGUAGAGGGCAUGACAAUUCCAGAAAUCAUCAAGGAGCGUGGCUGGCAAGGAUUCCGCGACGCUGAGCUGUCAGUCUUUAGACGCGCUCUUUCCGAGCGACCUACAGGUUAUGUCUUUGCCUGCGGUGGCGGAAUUGUUGAGAUACCUGAAGCAAGAAAAAUUCUUAUCGACUACCAUAAGACGAAAGGAAAUGUUCUUUUGGUUAUGCGAGAUAUCAACCGAGUCAUGGAGUUCCUCAGCGUUGACAAAAUGAGACCAGCUUAUAUCGAAGACAUGAUGAGUGUUUGGCUACGACGGAAACCUUGGUUUUUGGAAUGCAGCAAUAUCCAGUACUACAGUAGGCAUAGCACUACACCAGAGCUUGCCUUUGCCAUUGAAGGCUUCGAUCGAUUCAUUCAGUUUGCAUCUGGUAAGGUUAACCACUUAGCAGAGAUCAGGAAGAAAGCUAUAAGUACUUUUGUGUCCCUUACAUUACCGGAUUUACGCAACACUGGUGAUCUACUACGCACAGUCUCCUCGGGCUCAGACGCGGUGGAGUUGCGUGUCGACCUAUUAGAGGACCCGUCAUCGGAUAGUGUCAUUCCUUCGGUCCAGUACGUGCAAGAGCAGCUCUCUUUCUAUCGCAGUCGAGUUUCUCUUCCUAUUGUAUUCACGAUACGCACUGCCAGUCAGGGAGGAAACUUCCCUGAUGAUGCUCACGACGCUGCACUCGAGUUGAUCAUGCUCGCUAUUCGCAGUGGGUGUGAAUUUGUGGACCUUGAGAUUACUUUCCCGGAAGAGCUACUACAAAAAAUCACUGAAAUGAAAGCCCACUCUAAGAUCAUUGCAUCUCACCAUGAUCCACAGGGCAAGCUGAACUGGUCUGAUGGAUCCUGGGUCCAGUAUUACAACAAGGCCCUACAGUACGGAGAUAUCAUCAAGCUAGUUGGAGUGGCAAAGUCGCUCAAGGAUAACACUGCGCUGAGAGAGUUCAAGGACUGGGCUGAGCAUGCGCACGAUGUUCCUGUCAUCGCUAUCAACAUGGGUGACAAGGGACAGCUGAGUCGCAUGCUGAACGGCUUUAUGACACCUGUCUCUCACCCUAGUCUUCCUUUCAAGGCGGCUCCAGGGCAGCUAUCGGCUGCUGAAAUUCGCAAAGGUUUGUCGAUCAUGGGAGAAAUCACGGCCAAGAAAUUUGCGAUAUUCGGCAAACCAAUCUCUGCUUCUCGCUCUCCAGCUUUACAUAAUACACUCUUCGAACAAGCUGGGUUGCCGCAUGUGUACACACGUCUUGAGACCGACCAUGCUCAGGAUGUCAAGGAAUUCAUUCGGUCACCGGACUUUGGAGGCGCGUCCGUGACGAUUCCCCUCAAGCUAGAUAUCAUCCCGCUUAUUGACGAAGUGCUGAACGAAGCUGAGAUCAUCGGGGCAGUCAACACGAUCGUCCCUGUCGAGGGAAGCGACGGUAGCGUUCGCCUGGUUGGACGCAACACCGACUGGCAAGGAAUUGCCCGCUGUCUACGUGACGCCGGCGCAUUUAGUGAAGAGGCCGGGUCUAGUGCUCUUGUCGUCGGUGGAGGCGGCACUGCUCGAGCGGCAAUCUACGCCUUGCACCAGAUGGGCUUCGCCCCGAUCUACGUGCUAGGAAGGUCUCCCGAGAAAAUCCAGAACAUGACGUCCACCUUCCCAACUGCAUACGAUAUCCGCGUCUUGGAAGAUGCCGGGGAGUUAGAAAAAGUUCCUCGCGUGGCAGUGGGCACCAUCCCCGGUGACAGACCGAUUGAAACUAAUAUGGCCGAAUCCCUCAGCGCUAUCUUCAAGCGCAGUCAGGCCACUUCCGCUCAAGGCAACAUCCUGUUGGAGAUGGCAUACAAACCAUCGGUGACUCCGCUGAUGCAGCUGGCAUCUGAGUCGGGAUGGACAACUAUUCCAGGUCUGGAAGCCCUUGUUGGUCAGGGAGUGUACCAGUUCGAGCACUGGACCGGGAUUACACCGGUGUACGAAGUUGCGAGGAAUGCUGUAUUGGGCACGUAUGAGGCCAAGUGA